GAAUGUUAUAUACGCCAAGGCAAAUCCUAUCGUGGAUAUCAUAAUAAAACGAGAAAUGGAAUUCCUUGCCAAGCUUGGAAGCUUCAAAUGCCUCAUUCACAUCCUUAUGGCCCUGAAAGUAACCCUAAUGCCGGAUUAAUUAGCAAUUACUGCCGUAAUCCAAGCAGUUCUGAUCGUAAUAGACCAUGGUGCUAUACAGUGUCUAAAAAUAUUUCUUGGGAUUAUUGCCAAGUGGAAAAGUGCAGUAAGUUUACCACACUAUAG